AUGGUUAUCAGACAUUAUGACGAGCGUCGAUAUGAUGAAACAGGACUUGACGACCUCAGCCUCAAUCCCAUUGAAACUGAAGGAGCCCAUUUAAUACCAUCUUCCUACGGUAAUCAGAACUCGAAUGAGCUAUUACCAAACGACCCGAAUCGUUCAUGGGAGAUUUUAUUUCGAUGUUUCCCUACACUCAGAACUAUCGGUUUCAGACACACCAACCCGGACCUGAAAAAUCCUGAAAACGGCUUAACUCUGUCCAACUGGGUUCACAGAAGAUUUGGCGAAUUCAAACUAGCUUUUAAAGCCACAGAUAUACCAAACGAAUACCGGCUCGAGAUUUUCGGUAGACUUGAGGCUGGAUUCCGAAAAAUGCUACGUGAUGUAGUGACUUUCGAGAACCUCGACCAAGAAGAGAAUCAUGAGCUACCAUCACCAGAAUUACUGGAUUGUCAUUACCGGUUGUGUCAUAUCUUGCACGCUUCCGGGAUGGCAAAGUCAUUUGAGUAUGAUUUCAACAGAUGGGAGCAGAUUAAAGAAUCAAUUCAUGAGCUAAGAGAGGAUGGGAAAACGGAUGUCGCGGAUUUUCUGAAAGCAUCAUUCCUAUACGAUUCCGUCCCUGCAUAUCCU